CCCCUCUGCCCUGGGGACGCGGCCCAUGGUGAUGGGGGAGGGGGCAAAGGGAAAGGAACCAGGGGCUGAUGGGACGCUUGGCGCCAAUAUAGAGCCCAGACUCAGAGAACCAGAGAAGGCUUCUUGGAGGAGGUAACAUCUAGGCUGAGACCCAAAGAAUGAGGAGGUAUUCAGCACAAUAGAGGGGAGGAAGUGAAGGUUAGGGGCAGUGAAAAGAUGCUUAGAGAACUGAAGGGAAUUUGAGGCUUUCAGAACACAGAAUAGGGGAAGGGACAGUGAGAAAUGAAGCUGGAGGGAAGAGCUGGCGAGGCAGGCACGCUCCGCAAGGGCCUCGAAGGCCCUGCUGAGGGGUUUCCACUCAAUUCUGAGUAUACUGGCUUUCAAAAGGGUGGUGAUGUUCUGCUUUUUAAACAGCAGAACAGAAUUUCCUGUAAAAGCCCAACCUGUAACGCAGGUGAGAGGAAGAACAGCUGUGGAGCAGGGGGCCCAUGGCCCCGAGGGAACCCAGGGAACAGGGCUUAAAAGACACCACUGCGUUCUUUGCCUAUCUGAACAAGGAAGGACCUCAGAGCACCCGCCUUCAUUUACAAAUCAUAGCAAGGAUGUUUAACAGGUUCUAACAGUAGGACUCAGCCCAUAAAGGUUCUAUAAAUGCAUCUUCUAAAGCAUCCCUCAGAUUCACAAUUCAGCACUUACUGAUUGAACACCUGCAGGAGACCUUGUAACGUAGAGGUUAAGGGCACAGAUCCAGAAGCCCACCUUCCUGGGUCUGUCCCUUGUUAGUUGUGUGACAUUGGGCAUGUUGCUUAAUUUCUCUGAGCCUCCAUUUUCCUGUCUGCCCAGUGGGAAUGGUGAUCAUAAAACCAAGUCACUGAAUUAUUGGAAGGAGUAAAUGAGUUCAUAGAUGUAAAGUGUGGAGAAGAGUGCCUAGUACAUGAGAGCUCUGUGUGCGACACUUUCAUAGAAUAUGUCUCAUUUGAUCUUUAACAAAACUUGGUGAGGUUGGCAUUAGCCUCAGAAGAGGAAACUGAGGCUCAGAGAGGUGAAGGGACUUGUACAAAGUCACACAGCAGGUAAGUGGAGGAGACAGAGGAAGCAGUAUGGUGUGGGUGACUCUGAGUCCACUGCUCUUGGAGAGCAUUAUGUCUCUCCUUGUUAAUGUUUUGUAGGUAUUUAUAUUAUGGUCACUUCUGGGCCUUUAUCUGUGUCCCCAGUUCCCAGUACAGAGCCAGACAUGAAGAGGCAUUCAGUAAGAUGUGGGUGAAUGAAUGACUGAAUGAAUGAAACUGACGGACUGAGCUGUGUGUUGCUAGCACUUGGCCCAGGUUCUCAGUGAAUGAGCCCCUAGCAGCACUGGGAUGCGACCCGUCUGGGGGCUUUGUGGUCGCCCUCAACCUCAACCAGACUGCUCAUGAGAGAAGGGCUGGCCCAGCAGGCCUGGGUGUCCCACUGUGCAGGCAGUGGCUUCAGUGAAAGUUAAGGGCCUGGCAGCCUGUUCCUGGGGAAGUCCACGGGCCACAGUGCUGGGGGCAGGGCAGGCCUCCUGGCGGGGCUUCCUGUCAAGGCUCCAGGCCCAGCCUUCAAACAAUGGCAGGGACUCGGGGAUCAGAAAAUCAAAAGAGAAAGGGCAAAAUAAAGUUCUGCGGGUGGGGGGAUUGAGGAAUUCCGUUUGGAACUUGAGCUCAGAUGGGAGGCCUGCUUGUGGCCUGUGUGGACCUGGAGUCCUGAGCUUGGCCCAGGGCAGCCCUUGAGGCCUAUCUGCCUCCUGCUCACCUCCUCCAUGCUGUCUUCCGCCUGAUGGGGCCUUUCAAAGCCCAAAUCUGACCGUGUCACCCACUGCUUAAAAACUCCUGUCCAAGAGCCAUGAGCCACCAGAUUCUGCUGCUUCUGGCCGUGCUGACCCUGGGCCUGGCUACCUCCCAACACCGAGACAAGGUGCCCUGUAGGAAGGUGGACAAGGAGGUCUGGUGCCAGGGCCGUAGCCUGCUCCAGGUCCCCUCGGUGCUCUCACGGGACAUCGAGGUCCUCAACUUAUCUGGGAACCAGCUGCGAAGCAUCCUGGCCUUGCCCCUGGGCUUCUACACGGCACUUCGUCACCUGGACCUGAGCGCCAACGAGAUCAGCUUCCUCCAGCCAGGGGUCUUCCAGGCCCUGCCCCACCUGGAACACCUCAACCUGGCCCACAACCACCUGGCGGUGGGCACAGCGCUGAAUACUGGGGGACUGGGCCCCCUGCUGCACCUGACGUCCCUGGACCUGUCGGGGAACAGCCUGUACAGCGGCCUGGUGGAGCAGCUGCUGGGGGAGGCGCCCGCCCUGCGCACACUCUCACUGGCGGAGAACAGCCUGACGCGCCUGGGCCGCAGCACCUUCUCGAGUACACCCGCGCUGGAGCGGCUGGACCUUCACAGCAACGUGCUGAUGGACAUCGAAGAUGGUGCCUUUGAGGCCUUGCCCCGCCUGGUGCACCUCAACCUCUCCAGGAACUCCCUCACCUGCAUCUCCGAUUUCAGCCUCCAGCAGCUGCGCGUCCUGGAUCUGAGCUGCAACAGUAUCGAGGCCUUUCAGACGGCCCCGGAGCCGCGGGCCGAGUACCAGCUCGCCUGGCUCGACCUGCGGGAGAACAAACUGCUCCACUUUCCCGACCUAAGCGCACUCCCGAGACUCAUUUACCUGAACGCGUCCAACAACCUCAUCCGGCUCCCUGCGGAGCCACCCCGGGGUGGAGGCGAGGGCCUCCAUGCGCCUUCCGAGGGCUGGUCAUCCUUGCCCCUCUCCAACCCCAGCCGCAAUGCCAGCACCCAACCCCUCUCCCAGCUCUUGAAUCUGGAUUUGAGCUACAAUGAGAUUGAGCUCGUCCCGGAGGGCUUUCUUGAGCCCCUGACCUCCCUGCGCUCCCUGAACCUCAGCCGGAACUGUUUGCGGGCCUUUGAGGCCCAGCCCGGCUCCCUGCCCUGCCUGAUGCUUCUGGACAUCAGCCACAAUGCGCUGGAGACUCUCGAGCUGGGUGCCAGGGCCCUGGGGUCCCUGUGGACGCUGCUUUUACAGGACAAUGCCCUGCGGGACCUGCCGCCGUACACCUUCACCAGCCUGGCCAGUCUGCAGAGGCUUAACUUGCAGGGGAACCGGCUCAGCCCCUGUGGGGGCCCAGCUGAGCCUGGACCCUUGGGUUGUGUGGCCUUCUCUGGCAUCUCCUCCCUCCGUGUCCUGAACCUGGCGGACAAUGAGAUGGAGAUACUGCGGGCAGGUGCCUUCCUCCACACGCCACUGGCCGAGCUGGACCUCUCCUCUAACCCUGGGCUGGAAGUGGCCCCAGGGGCCUUGGCGGGCCUGGAGGGCUCCUUGGAGGUCCUGGCCCUGCAGGGCAAUGGGCUGGCCAUCCUGCAGGUGGACCUGCCCUGCUUCAGUUGCCUCAAGCAGCUCAAUCUGGCUGAGAACCGCCUGAGCCGCCUGCCUGCCUGGACACAGGCUGUGUCCCUGGAGGUGCUGGAUCUGAGGAACAACAGCUUCAGCCUCCUUCCGGGCAGUGCCAUGGGCGGCCUGGAAAACAGCCUACGGCGCCUCUACCUGCAGGGGAACCCCCUCAGCUGCUGCGGCAAUGGCUGGCUGGCGGCCCAGCUGCACCAGGGCCGUGUGGACGUGGAUGCCACCCAGGACCUGAUCUGCCGCUUUGGCUCUCAGGAGGAGGUGUCCCUGACUCACGUGCGUCCCGAGGACUGUGAGAAGGGGGGUCUCAAGAAUGUCAACCUCAUUAUCAUCCUCACCUUUGCAGUGGUGUCUGCCAUCCUGCUCACCACGCUGGCCACCUGCUGCUGUGUGCGCCGGCAGAAGUUCAGCCAACAGUACAAAGCCUAGAGAGUUUGGAGGCCACACACGGGCUCUGUCGGGAGACCCUGCUGGGGCAGUGGGGGAGCCAGAGGCACGGAGAAGGUUGGGCACUGACCCAUGAUCACACAGUAAGCCAGGGUCCAAGACCCUCGGUCUCUCAGUCCCAGCCCAGGGCUCCUUUCCCCGUGUCCUGCUGCACCAGCAGGUGACCCACUUCUCAGGCCGCACAUCAUGUAGUCCAGCUGUGGAAGCCGGAAGUUGGGCAGUUUCAGGAGUGACAGAGUGUAAGGCUGACCCCAUCACAUCUACAGAUCUUUGCCAAGCAUCUGUUUUGUGCCACAUCCUGCCCUGGGCACUGGGGGCGCCGGGGAAUGAGACACAUCCCUGCCCUCAGCAUUGCCCAGUCUGAGUGGGCAGGUGGUCACAGAGUGUGCGGUCACCACGUGGAGUGUGAAAGCCAGGGCUCCAAAGUUCUGCAGCCCCAGCUGGCUGAAUGUGGAUAGUCCUUCCCUGGCCGGGCCAGGGCAAGAAAGGGGCAAGACCAAGAGGAUUUGUCUGAGACAUUUCCAAGCAGACUAUUUGUCACAUCUUCUGAUAAUGACUUUCAGCUUCUCUGAAACAUGAAGAGCUUGUGACCGGAAGAAAGCUGGAGCCACUUGAGUAAGGCUUGGAUCCAGUGCUGUUAGGCAGGCUUUGGCAGCUCUGGCAGGGUCGGUUAAGAGGCAGUCUCCCUGGGCUCUGGCCCAGCCCUGGACUGGUCUGUUUCCUGCUCUGCACAGGCGCUUUCCUACCUGGCACCCUCAGGUUGCACACAUGGGUCCAGAUAACUGCCCUAGCCGCCACCCCCCCACCCCCUGCCCCCGCCCUUUCCCUGUCCAGGUCCUGCUCAGGCCUGCUGCUCCAGCUGAGCCCCAUCCUGGCCAGUGAGCCAGGAGUGAGACCCUUAGGUUUCUGGUUCUGUUUUACACCACACUUGGCAGCAAUGACAAACCCAAGCCUGCAUUUGCCUCUUUAUGACAACCCUCUGAGGUUGGUAUAUUAUCCCAUUUAACUAGAGGCUCUGAAAGUCUCCCUCCAGGGAUCUCCAGCUAAGAAAUGCCAGAACUGAGCUCCAGCCUCACAUCCUCCUGCGUCCAGAGCCUGAGCUUGGCCACUGCGGGGGCUGCAGGCUGUAAGAUGGACAGGAAAUGGCCCCAUAUGGCUGGAACGGGGCCAGGGAGCAUCUGGGCACACCCACCCGCUCUUCUCCUUCCUCUCUCCCAGGCGGGCAGAGAGAAGACGGGCAGCCACAGGCCCGCUCCUCCUUCUGUGCCUCUGUUUCUCUUAUUCCAUCCUUUGCUGACUAGGUGGGCUCUCCUUUUCUCAUCGAGCCCUAGAAUUCCUUCCCUCCUUCUCCCUCUGUUGAGCAUAGCCUGGAAUUUGAGACCAUUGAGUCCAACCUCCCUGGUACAUAGAUAGAACAGCUGAGACUUAGGAAGAGACUGGAACUUGCUCAGAGCUGCUUAAGUCAGGACAGAGCCUGUGAAAAAAGGUAGAUUCAGAUCUCAGACUUCACUGAGGGAGUCAGGGUUGGGGGGCUUGGGGGUUGGACCUGGGCAGUUUCCUCCUCUCUCUCAGCUGUCACAUCACAAGAUGAUGCUGGCUCCAACCUCCCUUUCUGGUCCUUGUCAUGCAGGGAAUUUUUCCCCCUAGAAAAAUGCAUAGAAAAAUCCCAUGCAGAUAUAGCCCAUGGAAUCGUGGGCUGUCUGGGGACAAAGGAAGCCCUGGGAUGAGCCCAGGACUCGGUGUCAUGGUCUUCACCUUCUUACUGUGUUUGGCCUGCACUCAGGCUCACGAUGGUGCUCGGUAAAGUAUGAGAUGAUGAAAAUGGCCCUCUGCCCACCCCAUUUUACAGAUGAGAAAACUGAGGCUGAGAGGGUCAAAGACUCAGGGAGUCCAUGGCAGAGCAGGGCCAGAACCUGGCCUGGUGGCCUGGCCCCAGCCGGGGGCCCUGGUGGCGAAUGGGGCAGCUGGUGGGUCCGGUCCUGUUCGGGAUCAUGACCACAGGUGCUCAGUGCACACAAACACUCUUCCUCAGGCCUGAGGGCAAGGCGUGGGCCCCUUCACGCCUGAUCUUUGAAAACACUACAGGAUGCUGCUUUCACCUCCUGGGAGCCAGGCCACAACCCAGGCCUCAGGACCCGCUCUUUGUGUAACCCACAUGAAUGUAUUAAAAAAUGAUUUUGGAGAAA